ACAACAACAAUACCUAAAGCACCAGAACAAUUGAUGGUCAUUGCCAAUGACUUUGAUAGACCGAUUGAACCAGGAUCAUUACCUUCGACAUUGACAGUGUUGCGAUUUGGUUCAUACUUUAAUCAACGAUUGAUACCUGGAUCAAUACCAGAGACGGUCAUUGAGAUUGUCUCUGGUGUGUGGUUCAAUCAACCGAUUGAAGCUGGUGAACUACCUCCUAGGUUAAAGUCACUCACCUUUGGAUUCUAUCAUGAUCAACGUAUCCCUCCCCAUACUCUACCAAACUCACUCACGGAGCUUACAAUGGGACUCAAGUUUAGUCAUUUACUCGAGCUGCAUUCAUUACCCUCGUCCAUCACCAGUUUGAGCUUCAAGAGUCUCACAGAGCUAUCCUUUGGCAAUGGCUUCAACAGAAAGUUUGAAAUUGGCACCCUGCCAAAUGGCCUGAGGUCCCUGAAGCUUGGUAUCAGUUAUCAACAGGUGAUCCUGCCAGGCGUGCUACCCGAGACCCUGGAGCUGUUGACCAUUGGAUCAGGCAGCGAUCAACCAAUAAUACCAGGUGCAUUAACUGGUACCUCGCUGACCAAACUCACAUUGUCCGAACAUUACUCACAACAGAUACAACCUGGUAGCUUGCCAAACACUCUCACAGAGUUUGCUCUCCCCGAUGCAUUCAACCAGGUGUUGCUUCAAGGUGCUUUGCCAACAUCAAUUACAAGUUUGAAGAUGGGCAAGUACUUUGAUUUGGAGAUACAACCUGGAUCAUUGCCACCAACAUUAGAGACAUUGGAGUUUGGUUACUAUUACAAUCAGUUCAUUGCGCCAAACUCAUUGCCUUCAACACUACGAUCACUUACAUUUGGACAUAUGUAUCAGCAUGCUUUGAUGCUUGGAUCACUACCCCAGUCACUAAAGUUGCUUACCUUUGGUGCAAUGUUCAACUCAUUGUUUGACAUUGGUGUACUGCCCUCACAACUGACCUCGUUGUCGUUUGGUACCAACUACAAUCAACCAAUGACCGAGGGGAUACUACCACCAUCAUUGAGAUUCCUUGGUAUAGGUGCACUUUUUGCCAAUAAUCCGAUUGUAUUACCAUCACAACUACAUGCACUUUGCAUUCACACCAUUGAUCAAUGGUCCAACUUCAAUCAAGUCAUACCAACAACAUUGUCAUUGUUACAUAUUGAGUACUUUGUACCAUGUGCAUCAAGGGAAGAAGUGAUUCGUCGUGAGACCGCAACAAAGCCACUGGUUAAUCACAGGUUGAGUAGACUGACAAUGGAGAUCACAAUACAAGAUGAUGGUACUAGAGUUGAUCUAAUAGAUGGUCUAUUGAUGAAACAGAUUGUACAUCUAUUCCCAAAAGUCGAUACAUAUAAUCUAAAGAAUGAACAACCCAAUAGUUAUGUCUAUAAUCAAUGUCAAUGUAGAUUGAUCCAGUCACAACUUGGACUAUGUCAAUGGAACAUUGAGUACCAAGAUAGGUCAAAUUACUUCUUCUUGAAG